CAAAGCUGCAAUACUCGCUCUGGCCUGAGUAAUGAAGGUGGCGCUGUCGGCGCCUCAAACCGAAAAGGCCAAAGAAGAAGUCGAUGCUAAUCUGAUGUUAGCUUGUAGCUGGUAAACACUGAAACGAACCCGCUCGGAGGACCGGCAUGUCGGCUGACACCAAGAUCGCCGAGCUGCUGACGGAGCUGCAUCAGCUCAUCAAACAGACGCAGGAGGAGAGGUCACGCAGCGAACACAACCUGCUCAACAUCCAGAAGACACACGAGAGGAUGCAGACGGAGAACAAGACGUCUCCGUAUUACCGAACCAAACUGAGGGGCCUGUACACCACAGCUAAGGCCGACGCCGAGGCCGAGUGCAGCAUCCUGCGCCACGAUCUGGACAAGAUCGCAGAAAUCAAGUCUCUGCUGGAGGAGAGGAGGAUCGCUGCUAAGAUGGCGGGAGUCUACAGCGACAGCGACCCGCCCAGGAAGACCAUGAGGCGCGGCGUCCUGAUGACGCUGCUGCAGCAGUCGGCCAUGACGCUGCCGCUGUGGAUCGGCAAACCCGGAGAGAGCCCCCCCCCGCUGUGCGGCGCCGUCCCGGCCAGCGGCGACUACGUGGCCAAGCAGGGCGACAAGGUGGCGGCGCGGGUGAAGGCGGUGGACGGAGACGAGCAGUGGAUCCUGGCCGAGGUGGUCAGCUACAGCCACUCCGCCAACAAGUACGAGGUGGACGACAUCGACGAGGAAGGCAAAGAGAGACACACGCUGAGCCGGCGGAGGAUCAUCCCUCUGCCUCAGUGGAAGGCCAACCCAGAAACGGACCCUGAGGCGCUGUUCAGCAAGGACCAGCUGGUUCUGGCGCUCUACCCUCAGACCACCUGCUUCUACCGGGCCCUGAUCCACACGCCGCCGCACAGGCCUCAGGACGACUACUCGGUGCUGUUCGAGGACACGUCCUACGCCGACGGCUACUCGCCUCCGCUCAACGUGGCCCAGCGCUACGUGGUGGCCUGCAAGGAGAACAAGAAGAAGUGAGCGCCACCUGGAGGCGGAGCGCCGACUCACUGGACCCCUUCACCUGCUGGCCACAAGAGGAACUGCAGGGAGGAGACCGUCAGCCAUUAAAGGCCUCCAUCGUUUGUUUUCAUGUCUGCCGUUGGUUCUGGUUAUAACUCUGUCAUGGUUUUAAUAUUAAACACUUUAUAAAUAAAACAGUAGUUGAAAAUA